UGCGCACGCGCCGCCAGUCUUGCCGCGCGUCCCGAGCUCGCCGGCUGAGUCCAAGGGGUCAAUGACACUCGAAAACUUUGACAAGCACAUAUCGAAUACCGAAUGACGUUUCGAUUAAGGUGGAUCGCUGUUGUUUUGUUUUUUGUGUUGUGAAUUAUGGUCGCCAUGGAUCUUGGACCGAUGGCUUAAUCGUUAAUCAGAGCAAUUGUAGUCACCAAUCGUCGUUCGUUAAGUGAUUUGAAUAGAAGAUAAACAAAUGAAGCUCAGAAUGCAUUCGAGGGUCCUGCUCGCUUUGGUGGUGGUGUGCCUGGUGCCAGUGGUCUGGUCCAGGGUCAGAAGGUUCUCGAAACACCAGAACAAUCAGCUAUCGAAAGCCAGAUGCGACCUCGUCUGUUUGGAGGCGAACAAAGAAACUAGAGGAAAGUGCCGAUCACAAUGCCGUUCCCAAGAACAGAAGCCGGGCACCUGCCCCAUACAGGACACACCAAAAUGGGCAGCCGCUUGCGUGGAAGCCUGCAACGCUGACUCGCAGUGCGAUGGCACUCAGCGCUGCUGCCAUCACGGCUGCGGGUCUACCUGCAGCGAACCUUUGGACCUUCAAGUCUUACCAGGUCUCCCUGCUUUGCCAACGGUAGACAAAGUGAAAGAGAAGAAACGUGCUGUGGUCGUCCAGUGGUCUGAUGGCGUGGGAGACGCAGCCAGAGCCGUGCCAGGUCGGAUCCUGUACAUCUUGGAGGAGCAGCACCACGUAGGCCCCAAGUAUGAAGAAGCAAGGCUCGGGGACUGGAAUAUGCUGCUGAGAACCAAUAAGACUAGAUCAUCCCUAAAGAAUCUUCUGAAACCUGGCCGUUGGUAUCGGUUCCGAGUGGCGGCCGUGAGCGCGUCAGGCACCAGAGGUUUCUCAGAGCCUAGCGCCCCCUUCACUCCGAGGAAAGGGCCAAGGAAUCCCCCGCCUCCGAAGAAACUGAGAGUCCACCCUAUGAAGGCGGAAAACGGGACCGUUACCGUCAGGCUGGAGUGGAAGGAACCCAACUCUGACUUGCCAGUCAUAAGGUACAAAGUCUACUGGAGCCGCCGCGUCAAAGGCCUAGCUGGACCGCUGGAUUCCGUGUUUGUCAAACACCAAAUCGUCCCGAAGGAACAAAACUACGUCGAUAUCACCGAUUUGCUACCGAACUCCAUGUAUUUCCUUCAAGUGCAAACGGUCAGCCAAUACGGUCAGAGCAAACUACGAAGCAAUAAGGCUUCCAUUUUCUACAAUACCACCAAUGUGCAUGAAAAUCAGCGGAUAGAUGCCCCACAACAGCUAGUGCAAAAGAAUGAUAAAUCAAAAAUUAAAGGACUUAAAUUGCAGAAAAUCGUUUGGUAUAAUCAUAAAUUAAAAGCAAAUAUUUCAUGGGAACCUCUACCAAAAAAUAAUGAACAACCCAGAAAAUAUUUUGUCUAUUGGCAAACCCUAAAAUGUGACCAGCCCAAAAAAGACUUGACCGCAGUAACAGAGAAAAAUACUUUCGAAAUUUACGAACUCAAUUACCGCUGCAGCUACAAAAUAAAUGUUAACAGGUCACGAAAAUCGAAGAAACCUGAUUCUGAACUAAUAAUAAAUGUGCCUGGUUGUGAAUACUUUAAACAAAAAAUUAACGCUACGAGUUUAAAUUGUAACACUUGAUAAAUUUGUAAUGAAAAUUUUACUUAAUGUAGAACAAUUUGAGUGUAGUCUAGUGUAUUACAAUUAAUUAAUAUUUAGGUCAACUUUUCAAAAUACGACUUUGUAAGUACCUAGUUACUUUUUGAAAUUGAGAUUAUGAACUAUACAUAGUACUUUUAUACCUUAACUUUUUAUCUUAUAAGAACCACCACCAACUUAGAAAGAAUGAUUUUAAUUGUAAAAUUAAAUGUUAAAUGUGAGAGACAUCUUAAUUAUUUUGAUCUAAG